GCAAAAAUUUAUUCAAUUAAUGGGUUUGCAUAUUUUUCUUUUUUACUGAGAAAUUGAUUUUAUGCCUCGCUUUUUUUUCUUUAGUGUGAUUGUGUGUGGUGUGUGUACGUGCAUGCCCCUAAAUUCAGUAAUCAGUUUUAAUACUUUUUGGGUGAGCGAACAUGUACCGGUACACUUAGGCUAUACAUUUCAAAUCUGUACGUUUCAAACUUUAGUUGAGGUUUUGUUUGCUCUCCCGAUCAGUUUUGUUUUUACUAAUUACUUUAUAUCUAUCAUGCUGAUUAUGGAGACGAAAUAAACCUAUUCUAUUGCCAGAUCGUUGGUAAAUUCCAAAAUUCUGAUAUUAGCCUACAGUAAUUUAAAUCUAGUCAUUUUAUUUUUGUUGUUACAGUUUAGCAAAACAUGCCAUACCUUGCCUGCCUGGCGUAAGAGAACCAACAUGUUCACUUUGAAAGCAUUUUUGGUAUAAAAUUCUUGGCACCAUGAUUACUUUACUGCAUUUCCUUGUUUAUUUUGGGAUGUUUUCCUGCAUCAUAUCAAGAUCCUCUGGUCCAGUAUGGAAUGUGAGAAAUAGAAGGUCUGGAAAUGAACUUUGGCAAACAAAUAACUUGAAUGGCUUCAUUGAAAAAGGUUACUAUGUUGAAAUGCUUAUUGGUACACCACCGCAAGCACUGAAUAUACUUCUUGACACAGGAAGCAGUAAUUUUGCAGUUGCAAGCAAAUCGAAUCCACUGAUUUCAAAGUACUUUGAAGCAAAGAACUCAACAUCAAUCAGAGAUAUGAAUCUUCAAGAUAUUGAUAUAGAAUACACCGAAGGGUUUUGGAAAGGUCAUCUUGUGACUGAUUUGGUAUCUGUUCCUACUGCUGGAAUGGAGAAGUCAGCUAGAGUUAGCAUGGCUGAAAUAACAGAGUCUGAGAAGUUUUUCAUAGCUGAAUCUGGAUGGCAAGGAAUUCUAGGCUUGGGCUAUGAUGAGUUGAUUAGGCCUAGCCAUUCAAAUACAAAAGCAUUUAUGAGAAGUGUUGUUGAUGAAAUAGGAAUCGAUGAUAUCUUCAGUCUACAACUUUGCAUGGCAGAUGUAAGGAAAUUUAGUGACUCCGUUUCAGGAACUUUUAUUUUAGGAGAUUAUGAUCGGUCAGUUGGUACUAUCUAUUGGACCAGAAUUGUACGAGAAUGGUAUUAUGAUGUACUGGUGAUCGGCAUGAAGGUUGGCAACACCACAGUAUCAGUGUCCUGUACAGAAUUCAACAAUGAUAAAGCAAUUGUUGACAGCGGAACCACAAAUCUUCAUCUUCCUCAAAAAAUAUUUUCUAUGGUGACAGAAAUAAUGAAAAAGCAUUUAGCAACUCUGUUACCAGACCUCGUUGUUCACGAUAGCUUCUGGACUGGUGGUUCACUUCUCUGCUGGGAUGAUUCUGUAGAUCCCUAUAGUUUAUUCCCUGUGAUCACCAUAUAUCUACCCUCUAUAGAAAUUAAUCAUACAAUAACAUUAUCAGUGCAUCCUGAGCACUAUGUUCUUUUUUAUGGCAAUGAUACAGACAUGGAAAAAGCUUGUUAUAAAUAUGGUAUAAGUCUAUCUUCUUCUGGAACAGUUUUGGGCGCUGUCGUGAUGGAGGAAUACAAUGUUGUAUUCGACAGAGCAAAUCGCCGAGUUGGAUUCGCUUUGUCAAACUGCUCGUCAACCUCUAAAUUGGUAUAUGAUAGUGGGUAUAUAAACUCUACAUCGUGUGUCUAUGAAAGUAAUAAAUCACCGUCAACAAUGCAAAUUGCUAUGUAUGUCAUCCUUGGAUUACUGAUCUUGUGCAUGGCACCAGUUUGCGUAUUAUCUUAUACAUGGUGUCGUAAGAAGAAAAAAUAUUCAUCUCUUGUGGAAAACCCUAUGACAGCUGACUAAAACAAUGGGGGUAGAGAAAUAUGAAAUGAUUGGAAAAUCCCAUAUUUUUAUUUUUUAAGCCAAGAGACUUUCAUGUUAAUCAUUGGCAAUGGGAACCAACCAGCUGGUCGCAAAUUUUUUUCUUUCCUAGUAGAUUAUAUCCUCGCAUUGAUUCGAGUAUAUCUCAAAUUUAACUUGGACUCUCCUACUUCUUUUAAAACUUAUUAUUCAUUAAUAUUUACCAUGUAUUUCUACUUUCACUCCUGCACUUACCGAUAGUUCCUGCUUCAUUUUAUUUUUUUUUGAUAAAACAACGUUUACCUUUAAGUGGUUAUUAUUACCCAUAUCAAAAUUAGUGACUGUUUUUCAGGAUUCUCUCACAGUCAAGACUCUUUCACACAUUGUGCUUUACUUCUGUAAUCCAAUUAUUAUACGUUCUCAGUUAUUAUUUCAAAGUCGCACUUCACAAUCAUGUACAAUAUUAUUUUUGCCUUAGUUGAUUCUAACUGCAGUAGAUAUUUUCCUAUUUCCUCCCAUGUAAAAAAUUUAGUUUUUGGCACAGAUACAGCUUUAAUAUUGUAGAUGUUUCAUUUAAUCAUAUGUUAAAAAAUAUUUAAUAUUACAUGUCUGGUAAAUGAAACAAGGCAUAUGUGUCUUGGGCAAUAUUUUCAUUUAAGCUCGCAUAGCCACUGAUGUGAAGGAAACAUUAUAUUUAUUAGGUCUAAAAUUUAUAAGUUACGGCAUUGCUGGCAUAUCUUUCUUACAGCAGUAACACCACUGUUCCUAAUCUUUAUAUUAUUCCUUAUAUUUAGGUAUUCUUAUGUCUGACAAGAGUGUCAUAUUGCCUGUAAACCAUAAAAAAACUGCAUGGAUUUUUUAUGAGAAUAUUAUUUUCUGGUUAAUUGUUUUCGUCGUUAACGAUUUUAAUGUAAUGAUAUAUCCUUUAAAUUUUUAUCUUGGGUCUUAAUCCAUAUUUUUAUUUCCUAUGCUAUACACCAAAUAUUCCAGUCCAUUUUUUUCCAGUCUUGUACAAUUUGGAUUAUUCGAGCAAGACUUGGUCAGUUGGUCUACCCAAUUAACAUUGGAAAAAUAUUUUCCUACCCCCCCAACCCCCCGCCCACAUUGGCAACCAUCACACAUCCACCAUUGUUUGAGGACCUUUUGCCCAGAUUUCUAAUUUUUAUUACAUUGGUCCUAUUAGCAUCAAUCCUUUUUAUAUAACCUUCAAAUUUGAAUUCUUCAUCAUUGUGAAUGAUUUGCUACAUGUUGCCUUACCUAUACCAUAUAAUAUAAACAAAACUGGCAAUUUCUCAGUACAUUUUUAAAUUAAACAUACAACACACAUAUAUGUAUGAGUCAUAUAUGUUCCUAAAGCAAAGUGGAAAUGUUUUAUAAAAUGCGUAUCAGAGAAAACCAUAGAUUUCAAGUCAAUUCUGUCGAGUUAAUGAGCGAAUUAGUUCAACCUAACCGGUUUCAACUGUUCCUGCAAUAAAUAUUUUGCCAGAAAAA